GUGAGCGCGAGCGAGCGGGCAGGAGAGGGGCGAGAGUGCGAGCGGGGAAGAAUAAAAGGAAAGAAGAUUUUUCUCUAUGUAUAUAAAGAUGGCCACGUUAGCAAACGGACAGGCUGACAACGCGAGCCUCAGUAGCAACGGGCUCGGCGGCAGCCCGGGCAGCGCCGGGCACAUGAACGGAUUAAGCCACAGCCCGGGGAACCCGUCGACCAUUCCCAUGAAGGACCAUGAUGCCAUCAAGCUGUUCAUUGGGCAGAUCCCCCGAAACCUGGAUGAGAAAGACCUCAAGCCCCUCUUCGAGGAGUUCGGCAAAAUCUACGAGCUUACGGUUCUGAAGGACAGGUUCACAGGAAUGCACAAAGGCUGCGCUUUCCUCACCUACUGCGAACGUGAGUCGGCACUGAAGGCCCAGAGCGCGCUGCACGAGCAGAAGACCCUGCCCGGGAUGAACCGGCCGAUCCAGGUGAAGCCGGCGGACAGCGAGAGCCGAGGAGGUAGUAGCUGCCCGCGCCAGCCCCCUUCACAUAGAAAACUCUUCGUGGGCAUGCUCAACAAGCAGCAGUCCGAGGACGACGUACGCCGCCUCUUCGAGGCCUUCGGCAACAUCGAGGAGUGCACGAUCCUGCGUGGGCCCGACGGCAACAGCAAGGGGUGCGCCUUCGUGAAGUACUCGUCCCACGCCGAGGCGCAGGCCGCCAUCAACGCGCUCCACGGCAGCCAGACCAUGCCGGGAGCUUCGUCCAGCCUGGUGGUCAAGUUUGCUGACACGGACAAGGAGCGCACGAUGCGGCGGAUGCAGCAGAUGGCUGGCCAGAUGGGCAUGUUCAACCCCAUGGCCAUUCCGUUUGGGGCCUACGGCGCCUAUGCCCAGGCACUGAUGCAGCAGCAAGCGGCCCUCAUGGCAUCAGUCGCUCAGGGGGGCUACCUGAACCCCAUGGCUGCCUUCGCUGCCGCCCAGAUGCAGCAGAUGGCGGCCCUCAACAUGAACGGCCUGGCGGCCGCACCUAUGACCCCAACCUCAGGUGGCAGCACCCCUCCGGGCAUCACUGCACCAGCCGUGCCUAGCAUCCCGUCCCCCAUUGGGGUGAACGGCUUCACCGGCCUUCCCCCACAGGCCAAUGGGCAACCUGCUGCAGAAGCUGUGUUUGCCAAUGGUAUCCACCCCUACCCAGCACAGAGCCCCACCGCCGCGGACCCCCUGCAGCAGGCCUACGCCGGAGUGCAGCAGUAUGCAGGUCCCGCCUACCCUGCUGCCUAUGGUCAGAUAAGCCAGGCUUUUCCUCAGCCACCGCCGAUGAUUCCCCAGCAACAGAGAGAAGGGCCCGAGGGCUGUAACCUGUUCAUCUACCAUCUGCCCCAGGAGUUUGGGGACGCUGAGCUGAUGCAGAUGUUCCUCCCUUUCGGUAAUGUCAUCUCCUCGAAAGUGUUUGUGGAUCGGGCGACUAACCAAAGUAAAUGCUUUGGCCGGCACCCAGUGCCCUCCCGCUGCCAGGCCCCCUCCUGUCAGGGAGGACAGUGUCCAAUAAACUCCACCCGCAGGCUUCGUGAGCUUCGACAACCCAGCCAGCGCGCAGACCGCCAUUCAGGCCAUGAACGGCUUUCAGAUCGGCAUGAAGAGGCUCAAGGUGCAGCUGAAGCGGCCCAAAGACACCAAUCGCCCGUAUUGAGCGCCGGCGGGAGCGUCCCCCGGGGGAGACCAGGACUCGCACAGGGCAGGAUGCUGAACGGGCUACAUUAAAAAAACAAACCUCUCUCUAUCUAUAUUUAUAAAUGAGAACUGUUGGAUGACACCUUUGACAUAUCAGCCAAUAUCAAUCAAGCUGAAGACUCCAGACACUCUGUGUGACUGUAACGUUUCUUCAAGGGAAGUAUUAGCGUCUGUGGAUUCAGAGGGGCACAUGUUUUGGGGAAACAAAAUGAAUGACACAAAGAAGAUGACACAGCAAAAUGAGAAAAAUUAAAUACAUACAUGCAAAAGGAAAAAAAAAAAAACGAAAAAAAGAAAAGAAAAAGAAAAAAAAAAAGCAACUUUAAAACCA